AAGCACCUUGCAUAUGAGAUUUGCAGGCAUCGCGAGGCAUCCUUGGAGCCUGUCCCAGCGUCGACACUCAUGCUGGAACUUACGGCCGGCGUCAAGUUGACCUAUCUGGCAGAGGGUGCCGCCAACAUAGUCUACAAUAUCUCCUCUGACCCCUAUCCCUCAGCUGCCCCCGCCAGAGCUCCAGACAUCUCAGGCACCAAGCCACGAACAGGGUUGGGUCAAGCUCAAGCUGCGUAUCCGGGCAAACUGCUUCGUUUGAGGAAGAAGAUCGACUCAGGAACACCUUACCUAGAGAUUACCCGCAGAUUCAACUCGCAGGUCCGCUCGCUGUUCCAGGACGAGGAGCUCGUCUCGCAGGAACUUGUCAGGCUACCGGACGGUCUCACCACGGCCUGCAAUGAGCGUCUGAGAGACGAUGAGGCGCAGGACCGCCGGCCCAUGAAGCGGCGAGGUGUCUAUCUCUGCACCGAUGAGCCAUUCGGCCUUCUCAUCAAAGACAUGACUGCUUCCCCUGGCUCAGGUGCAACGCUCUGGGAGUUCAAGCCCAAAUGGCUGGUCCAGUCUCCCUCUGCGCCCCCAGACUCUCGCCGAUGCCGCACCUGUGCUCUACGGGAAAAGAGGCAAUUUACAACCAGCCGGGGAGCAACCAUGGACAAGACGGCUGAACAGCUUCAAGGCAAGAGAUCAUUUUGUCCGCUUGAUUUGGUCUCAAACAGGCUCGAGGACAUCAUGUCUGCGGUAUCAGUGAUCAUUGAUAGCCCCGACGAUGCUCGUCGAAUAGCUGCCUUUAUAUACCAAAACCCAACGCUGCUCAAACUUCGAGACAAGCAGCACCAGAUGAACGCUGUCGGGCUGGAAGGUAUCCAUGCGUCACCAGAGGAGAGAGCUAUCUCCAUGACGCUGAGAGACUGCACGAUGUUUGUUAAGGUUCCACAGAAACAUAAUGAACCCCUUGAACUUCGUCUGGGCGAUCUUGACUUCAAGAGUGAAGACGGGGGCAAACUCCAGUACUGGCAAGAUACCGAGACUGAGCUGAUCGAAGAGGGAUGGUACUUGGGUGUUCACAGAAGUCAGGAUAAGAACACCGAGUGCGCCCUUGGCCGCUAG